CCCCGCCACAAACGCCUCGCCUACAAGCGGUGAAGAAAACAUCUCCGAUUCUCUUCAACGGUUGGUCAUCCUGUCCUCUACACCAGGCAUUUUGCCCCGCGACAACCGGAAACGGCGGAAACGGCGGCUACGACGGAUCAACCGGAAAGCCAGUAACACGACACAUUGAAGAGAAGGACUGCAAAGACACCAAGAGGAGGGAACUGCUGGAUGUUCACUUGAGUGGUCGGACGUGCGAUUAUAUCAUCGCCCUUUUGCAGAGGAUUCUGGCGCGAAGGCCUGGAAUCACGAUUGUUCCCAUUUGACGUCUUCCUUGCGACAACGCCUGCGACAACCGGCUCCAUCUACAAGGUACAGCAGCCCCAACAGUUCUCGAGGCCGACAGCAUCCUCGCAACUUGUCGCCAUGGCCGACCCCAGCAAGCAAAACAUCAAGGAGGGACUGAAACGGAGACGUGUCACCCGCGCCUGUGACAGUUGUCGCGUGCUAAAGUCCAAGGUGGGAGAGCCCAGCCAUCCCUUUCCCGUGCUUAUGUAGCUUGUUGUUUGGUGCCUGAGCGAUACGAAAGAAACAGAGGUCUAAAUCUUGGGAUUGCGCAGUGCGAUGGCCAACGCCCUGUUUGCGGACGAUGCGCGGGCUAUGGAUACUCCUGUCGCUGGAACGUCCCUUCGACCAGGAGGCGGCAGUCCGAGAGCCGCCAGACGCAGCUCAGCCUGCUCGCCGCCAACGACGAGAUCCAGAAAUUGAGGCAAGCGAUCAGGCGGUACGACUUCCUCAUCCAAGGUUUGCGCAACAGUCUCCCGGAGAACGACCGCAAGGCCAUCGACUUGGGCGUCUCGGCCAUCCAGCUGCCGUCGCUGUCGCCCGAACCAGCCAACUCGGGCAUCACCAAUCAGUCAACUCCAAGUCAAGCUUCCCCCGACCAAGAGUCGGCUUCGGUCCUGUCGCGCCGCUUCCUUGGUGAGGCCAGCGACAUCGCCUUCUUCAACACGAUGAAACAGGCGCUCACCCUCCGCUCCGAGGCCGAACAGUCUGAAGGCGACAACUCUACAGGUCAGUUGGACAGCUACGAGCAAGAUGGAGCCCUGCGUACGGCCUUUGUAGACAGUGCAGCCGAAUCUCUUCCGCCUCGGGCUAUUGCGGACAAGUUUCUGGAGAUCUACUUUUCUACCAUUCACAUGGCAUACCCUUUCAUCUGGGAGCCUGUCUUCAGGCAGAAGUAUGAGGCUUUCUGGGGCUCUGACUCCCUGCAGAGCUUUCGUGGGCCCUGGCUAUCAGUGCUUCUGACAAUCCUUGCCAUUGGGGCAUGCUAUGAAACGUUUGCCGAUACGUGUGAGCGAAGUUCCCGGCUUCAUCACCACCACCUCUGGUUCGAUCAAGCGGUCUCGAUUUCACAAUCCAAUGAGAAAGAACAGGGCAUGGACUAUAUUGCUGCACUUCUUGCUCAGUGCUUCUACCUACUGGCGACCUGUCAAACGGAUCGCGCUUGGACAACUCUGGGGAAAGCCGUCAGAAGCUCUCAAAGUAUUGGACUCCACACAGAGGACGUCAAGCGACUCACAUCGGACAACCUAGAACGAGUUUCGAUAGUCGAGAGCCGGCGCCGCCUGUGGUACUCGCUCUAUGUCCUCGACCGUCUGCUCUCGUUGCAACUCGGCCGGCCUCCAGCGAUCCACGACGAGGACUUCAAGGUCGCGUAUCCGUCCAAAGCUUCCGACAUAUCGAUAUCGAAUGGCACCGCCGAGUCCCGGAGGAAUCUGACCGCGAAGGACCAGGAGUGCUCGGACGGGGAAUACUUCGUGGCCAUGAUUCAGUUUUCGGGCAUCAUCGGACGCGUCUUCUCUCUUCUCUACGGGCCCAAUCGGACCGACAACGCUGCGCUGGCGCUUUCGACCAUCCAGAGUCUGGACCAGGACUUGCAGCAGUGGAGGGCAAGCCUGCCUCGCGCGCUGAGGUUUGAUCUUGCUCACAUUUUCCAAAAGUCGACGAUAUUGAAACGACAGAGGAACAUGUUGGCGAUCAAAUUCUACAACCUGCAAGCCCUGAUCCACCGACCGCUGCUGUCGCCCUCUCGAUUCCUGCGAUCGUGUCCCGACCCGCUGGCCUUCUACCAGGCCGAGCGAGCGCGGAUCGUGCAGUCGAAGAAGAAGUGCGUGGUGGCGGCGCAGCACACGGCGCGGCUGCUGCACAACGUGGCGGACAAGAAGCAGCUGAUCUACGACUUCCCGUGGUGGCAGAUGAUCUCGUGCCUGAUCUGCGCGACCUCGAUCCUCCUGGUCGCGAGCCUCUGCAUGGGCGGGGACGAGGGCGAGGUCGAGGACAUCGACUGGCUGGCCGUGGACGAGGACGCCGACGUGUGCCUCACCGUGUUCCGGGAGCUGAGCACCAACUCCAACGCCGCCCGGCUGGCGGAGAAGAUGAUGCAGGGCCUGAAGGAGACCCGGCUCAAUCCGCAAGGUCGGCCGUCAAGCCUCCCUGGGGAAUUGGCGGGCACCUUGCUGGGCGGGGGCCAAGCGGUGAGCAUGCAGAACGUGCCGGCCGCGCCGCCCUCGCCGUCCCAGUGGUACCCGGUGUCGAUGGACACGACGCUGUUCGACACGGGCGCGCAGAGGAUGCCGCUGAACCUGUCGGAGCCGGUGAUCUGGUCCUCGCAGUUUGUCAACGCGCAGUACAACCCCUUCUUCGGCAACGCCACCGCUGAGCUAGAGGAUUUGUGAGGGUAUCAAGCGGAAAUGGGCGUCCGAAUCGUCGCCGUCGCCGUCGUCCGUGAGGAGGAACUGUCACUGGGCAAGAAUACAGUUGAUGACCCAGACAUCUCCGCAGUAUACAAGUUUCACGGAGUUUUAUCAUUAGAUAUCAAUUAAUCUCGUCCUAGAUGUG